CACUAUAGUAUUGUCAGGUGCUCACAUCCGGGGUCGGAUAACUCUUCCGGAGGAGACCGUUUCUCCCGUAUGAGCAGAGAGGAAGAGCUAGAGAGCGUGUUGACUCGGGCAAAGAGAAAAAAUGGAUAACGGUUUGACCCCAACUGGCGACUCCAGGCUGGACCAGGCUGUCCGGCAGUGGCUACAGUAUGAUAAGAACCCCAAGACUGCAUCCAUGGUGCAGGACCUGGCAAAUGAGGGAGCGGUGGAGGCUCUGAGGAAAUGUUUCUCCUCCAGGAUGGAGUUUGGUACAGCAGGACUGAGAGCAGCCAUGGGCCCCGGCAUUUCCUGCAUGAAUGACCUCACUAUCAUCCAGACCACGCAGGGUUUCUGCUGCUACCUGGAGCAGAGGUUUGGGAACCUUAAAGAGCGCGGCGUGGUGAUUGGGUACGACGCUCGAGCCCAUCCUCCCAGCGGGGGCAGCAGUAAGCGAUUUGCCAGCCUGGCUGCAGCGGUAUUUAUCAGCCGAGGAGUUCCAGUCCACCUCUUCUCUGAGAUCACCCCAACACCAUUUGUGCCAUUUACUGUUUCCCACCUGGGUUUGUGUGCUGGUAUCAUGGUAACUGCUUCACACAACCCCAAACAGGACAAUGGCUACAAGGUAUACUGGGAAAAUGGUGCCCAGAUUGUUUCUCCUCAUGACAAAGGGAUCUCUAAAGCCAUUGAGGAGAACCUGGAGCCUUGGCCAGAGUCUUGGAACACAGAUAAGGCCUUGAAGAGCCCUUUGCUCAAAGACCCCUACCAAGAUAUCCACACGCAGUACUUCAAAGCCAUCCAAAAACACUGUCAUCACAGGGAGAUUAACAAAACCUCAGAGGUUAAAAUAGUGCACACAUCUGUGCAUGGUGUUGGUCACUCAUUUGUUCAGUCAGCAUUCAAGACCUUCGAUCUUCCCCCACCAUACGCUGUGGAGGAACAAAAAGAUCCAGACCCUGAAUUUCCCACUGUCAAAUACCCCAAUCCUGAGGAGGGAGAGGGAGUCCUGACAUUGUCAUUCGCACUCGCAGAGAGGAAGGGCGCCUCUGUAGUGUUGGCGAAUGAUCCUGAUGCUGAUCGACUGGCUGUCGCUGAGAGGGAGGAGAGUGGUCAGUGGCGAGUUUUCAGUGGUAAUGAGUUGGGAGCGUUGCUCGGCUGGUGGUUAUUUCACUGCUGGAAGCAGCAGAACCCCGACGCUGCUGCAGUGAAAAACGUCUACAUGCUGUCAAGCACUGUUUCAUCCAAAAUACUGCGAGCCAUCGCUCUGAAGGAAGGUUUCCACUUUGAGGAGACGCUAACAGGUUUCAAGUGGAUGGGGAACAGAGCCAAGGACCUUUUGGAUCAGGGCAAGACUGUUCUCUUUGCUUUUGAGGAGGCCAUAGGGUAUAUGUGUUGUAACUCCGUACUGGACAAGGAUGGCGUCAGUGCUGCAGCCAUAGCAGGAGAGAUGAUUUCCUAUCUGGCCACUAAAAACAAAAGCCUCACACAGCAGCUCACUACCAUCUAUGAAGAGUAUGGCUACCACAUCAGCAAGAACUCCUACUUUAUCUGCCACGACCAGGACGUGAUCCGUGGUCUGUUUGAGCGUCUGCGCAACUUCGGUGGCAAGGAGGACUGGUAUCCCACCGAAUGUGGCCGCUUCUCCAUUUCCGCUGUUCGAGACCUGACCACCGGCUACGACAGCAACCAACCCGACAACAAGGCUGUUCUGCCCACCUCCAGUUCCAGUCAGAUGAUCACCUUUACUUUCUCUAACGGGGGUGUUGCAACCAUGAGAACAAGUGGCACUGAACCGAAAAUCAAAUACUACACUGAGCUCUGUGCAGCUCCUGGUAACAGUGAUGUGGUACACCUGAAGAAGGAACUGGAUGACCUGGUUGGAGCCAUUAUAGAAAACUUUUUCGAGCCAGAGAAGAACAGGCUGCAGCCCAAGCCCGAGUAGAACUGAGAGAUAAACAAGUAACAGGAUAAAUAGUGAAUGGUAUUUCUGACCACCAUCUUAACUCCAAGAGAGAUUCUUGGUUCAAUACCAGCUUGAGUUUGAUUUUUAACCAUUUUGUUUUUAUCACCAUUUGGACCAGUAAAGACACCUUUCUGUAUCAUUAUCUACUUAUCCUGUCAUGUUUAAAUAAUCUGCAGGAUAUACAUCUUACCUCCGCUCUGUUGUUGGGUUUGGUGUUUGGGAUCCAGAUGAUGUUUUACACUCAACACCGUGUGUUAGAUUUGGUGUACCUCAGUGCUAAAGAUCCCCUACAACUGCAAAGUGCUGAGUCUUUUAAGAGCCAGUCAUUCCUGUUUCCAUAGAUCCAGUCUGCUGCAUAGCACCUGUACAUCACAGUUUACAUGACUAAAUACACUGUGCACUGCUGCUGAUGUAGAGUUUCAGUGGCGUAUUAAGGCUAAAACUACUUGAUGUUGCAAAGUAUUUUCAAACGUGUGAUAUUCUGCUGUGACUCGGCUGAAGUGGUAGUGAAUUUUUUUUAUUUAGAAAUGGUUCCUGCUAAAUUGCUAGUGUGCAAAACCACACAGCUUGAGGCACCACUAAGUGGAGCCAUUGUGCAUGGAUUUUAUACACCCUCUUCUUAUUACUUGACAUAAAUAAAGUUAACAGCUCAAAGGGAUUCUUCACACCUCUCAGUUAAAGGUAAAAUUAACCCUUCUGCAUUCCAGUUUGUGCAAUUAAUUGAACUAGAAAUGUAAUGUGCAGAUAACAGCCAGAUAUAAUGAGCAUUAUGUGCCUGCUACCUAAAAUGUGCUAAAAUACAAUGUAUUGCAAAUAAAACGGUUUCUAACUGUGAAA